CCAGGCACAUCCAGGAUCGGGGGUUAUUGGGGUGGGGAGUCCUCUCUUUUCCAGAUGGGGCCACCGUCUUGCAGGGAGAAUCUGGGUGUCGGGCCAGGAGCAGCGGCGUUCGGAGAAGGGUCGCCGAGUGCCUGAUUGUGUCGCUGUGCGUCGCGCGUGUCCAUGUACCUGGCCGUACCUGGGAGUGCACCUCUAAGCGUGCUUCCCGUGCAACAUGAAAAGCCUCCCUGCUUCCACUUUGCCUGAGCAAUCUUUUUAUUUUUUAUUUUUAUUUUUUUAAACCACAAACCAGAUCGUGCCCCUCCCUCAUUUAAAACCCUUCCGUAACCCCCAUUGCAUCCCGCUAAGAUGAGAAUUUGGGGUCCACCAGAAUGGUCUCACCCCUGCCGACCUCGCUGCUCUCCACUUAGCUCCUUGCUCAGUGCAUUGCGGCUACAAUGACUUCCUUGAUGCUGUAAAAUGUAGAGAGUAAGCUCUAUUAACCCCAGGCCUUUGCACUUGCUGUCCACCCUCUCACCCCCGCAUCUGGAACUGCUCUUUCUCCGAACCUUUGCGUAACUGUCUCCUUCCUUUUAUUGAGGGCUCAGCUCCAGUGUCACCUGGUGGGAGAGACCUUCCUGACUAUAUGUUAUUUACAGUAGCUGCCUCCUCCAGUCUUUUUUAUCACACAUUCCUGUUUUAUCAUCGUCAGUGAUUACUCGUAGACAUUAUCGUCUUCAUUCCUUGUGUGCUGUUUAUUUCGUGUCUUGCCCACGAGACAGCAAAGGGCAGAGCCUUGAUCUCACUCAUCACCGUGUCUCCAGGGUCUAGAACAGGUCCUGGAACAUAAAAUUAUUCCAAAGGAUUAAGGGCAGGAAGAUGAUUUAGUUGGCCUCCGUCUAACCUGUGCCCACUCUGAGCUCCCCCCUCAUCCAAACUCCCCUCCACCAAACUAACCAGAGCCUUGUCAGUGACCCACCUGCGUGCCCACUAAAGAGGGACGAGGGGAAGCUGACGUUGGGGGACUCAAGACAGGGGCUGGCCUGGCCCAGAUGACAAACAGGAAGUACACAGGCAUCCACGGGAGACACACCUGGUGUUCAGAUGUGGAAGACUGAGGACUGUUGAAAGUACAGAGUUCAGCCCCUGCACCUUCUGCCCCCAAGAGCUCCAUGCAGGUGCAACAGGAUGGAGAGGACUUUGCCAGCCAGCCCUGGUACCACGGCCCCCUGUCCCGUCAGAAGGCUGAGGCCCUCCUGCAGCAAGAUGGGGACUUCUUGGUUCGAGCCUCCAGGUCCCAGGGGGGCCACCCAGUGAUCUCCUGCCGCUGGCAGGGCUCAGCACUACACUUCGAGGUGCUCCGUGUGGCCUUGCGUCCCCGGCCAGGCCGGCCCACAGCUCUCUUUCAGCUGGAGGAUGAACGUUUCCCAAGCCUGCCCUCCCUGGUUCGCAGCUAUGUGACUGGGCAGCGUCCACUGUCCCAGGCCACAGGGGCUGUGGCCUCCAGGCCUGUGGUACGGCAAGGACCCAUUCGACGCAGCUUUAGUGAGGACACCCUCCUAGGGAGCCCAGCUCGGGUAGAGUUGCCCAGGGCUAGGAAGCGGAGUGACAGUCAGCCUGCAGGUUUGGAUCACAUGGGGCGGUCAAGAGAAGACCAUCCUGGACCAGGAGACUCCGCUGUGCCCAUAUGUGCCCUCCCUCGGAUGGGUAGUGACCCCAUGUUGCUGAAGACCCCAGCUUCUCUGGGGUGUGUUAUUGACAGCCUCAGGGCCUCCGAUGGGCAGCUUCAUGCCAAGGCACCCACCAAACCACCUCGAACACCCUCACUGUUGCUGCAUGAUGCGUCUGGACGCCCCCCAACAUACUGUGAGCUGGUGCCCCGAGUGCCCAGUGCCCAGGGAACCCCCCCAGGCCACGGCAGCCCAGAGACAGAGGCCCCACCAUGGUGGGAAGCCAACAAAGAAGAGGAGGAAGAGAACAGAAGUUUUGCAAGACCAAAGGCCGAGGUCUCUUUCUGGCCCCCUAACAACCCCUUCUGCCUCCUGGGCCCCCAGAAUCGGCCCCUGGAACCCAAAGUCCUGAGUACUCUCCGUGACCUAUUCCUGGAGCACCAUCCUGGGAGCACGGCCCUGCACCUAUUAUUGGUAGACUGCCAGGCUACAGGCCUCCUAGGAGUGACCAAGGCUCAGCGGGGUGCCAUGGGGGUCGCCUCUGGCCUGGAGCUGCUCACACUUCCCCAUGGGCAUCGCUUGAGGUUGGAACUUCUGGAGAGACACGAGGCGCUGGCGCUGGCGGGGGCGCUGGCCGUGCUGGGCUGCGCGGGGCCGCUGGAGGAGCGCGCGGCCACCCUAAGGGGCCUGGUGGAACUGGCAUUGGCGCUGCGGCCAGGGGCGGCCGGGGACCUGCCUGGACUGGCCGCGGUCAUGGGCGCCCUGCUCAUGCCACAGGUGUCCCGGCUGGAACGCACGUGGCGCCAACUCAGAAGGAGCCACACCGAGGCUGCGCUGGCCUUCGAGCAGGAGCUGAAGCCGCUGAUGCGGGCACUGGAUGAGGGCGCCGGACCCUGCGAGCCGGGCGAGGUGGCGCUGCCGCACGUGGUCCCCGCCGUGCGCCUGCUGGAGGGCGAGGAGCUCCCGGGGCCGCUGGACGAGAGCUGCGAGCGGCUGCUGCGCACCCUGCACCGGGCGCGUCAGAUGGCCCGAGACGCGCCCAAGUUCCGUGAGGCAGCCGCCCGGCGCCUACGAGGAUUCCGGCCAAACCCGCAGCUGAGGGAGGCCCUGACCACAGGCUUCGUGCAGAGGCUCCUCUGGGGAAGCCGAGGCGUGGGGGCGCCGCAAGCCACACGUCUCGAGAAGUUCCAGCGCGUCCUCAGUGUCCUUUCGCAGCGCCUUGAGCCGGAUGUUUGAAAGCACAGAACCCCUUCUUCCUGGGACGCCCAGGCUUUGGGGAACCCCGGCAGACACCAAGGAAGUUGCCCCAAGCUGUUCACAUAGCCAAUCGCAGUGGGAACCCACAUUCUGCCUCACAGAUUUGCAAAAACUCAAUACUGUAUCCCUAGAAGUGUACGUGGAUCCUAGGGUGAGGGACAGCCUCCUGCCUCACGCUAGAAAAUCCAGGUGUCUGGAGGCCCUAUCCCACCUCCCACCCCCACACACCUAUCUGACAAAUGGGCAACAUGAGGCUUUUAAUGGCAAGAGAACUUGCAGAUCUCUUACUCAGAGGCCAGAGUUCAAAUGCUUUUUUAAGAGCUGUGUGACUUCUAGCAAAUGGCUCAACCUCUCUGUGCUUGCCUUCCACGUAAAAGGGAGGCCGUGUACUUUCUAGGGGUUUUCAUGGGGGAUUAAAGCUGUGUUCAGAUAUCAUGGGUGGAGAAUGCCUGGUACACAGCAGGUGCUAAACAUUACCUUUUCUCAGUAAAGCUGUGGUAAACACAGAAA